UGGGGGACUGCAUUUCCUCCUCCAUGGUUUUGUACCUUUCUGUUAAAUUCCCUCCCUCCAAGACUGUAAAGUUGAGAGCAACCAUUGUGCCGAGUGGCAUGAAACAAGCAAAUGCAGCCAUUGUAGCUCUUAUCCAAGAACCUUUAUACCCACAGUCUACAGCCCUUGCCUGUAUAUCCCACCAACUUCUUGUAUUUCUCUCAGGACACGUGUCUGGUUUGAUGUCUAUCUUCUCAUUAUGUCAGUAGGUUCGUGAGUUAUGGGGUGAUGUUUACAUUUAUGCUUUGAGCUGAAUUGACACAUAAAAAGCAAGUUAACUUUUGGGACUAUUUGCAGAUGCUGCAGCCUCUUAAUAUCAAUGACACAGCAAUGUGCAUAUGCUGACCCCAUCAGUUCCCUGCAGUUUUGCUCGUAGUCUUAAAGAGGCACGUGCAACAUGGCCAGCAACAAUGUUCGAAAAAGGAGGAACGGAGGUCCCUCGUCGCCAGGGCGCGCGGUCGUGAGCGGCCGUCCCUCUUCGGCUCUAAACAUGGUGAAGAAUCUGACAAUCUUUUUGACGGUGGUACUGCUGUUCGUCCUAGUCUCAUUGUCAUACAACAACACGCUGCCUUGGCGGAUGAGCCACGGCACGAACAUGCUGGACGCGCUGGCCACGCAGCUGGGCAUGCAGGAGGAGGUGCACGCCGUGGUCAUAGACGCUGGCAGCACUGGCACGCGCGUUCUUGCCUUCACCUUCCACAAGAGCAAGAUCGACGGUAGCCUGAAGCUGGACAAGGAGAUGUUCAAAGAGCUGAAGCCUGGCCUGUCUUCCUACGUCAAAGACCCAGAGGCGGCGGGCGCUCCCCUGCGCGAGCUGCUGGCGGCGGCGCGCCAGUUCGUGCCUGCGGCGGACGUGGCGCACACGCCGCUGAUCCUGCGCGCCACGGCCGGCCUGCGACUGCUGCCGGAGCAGCGCGCCGAGGCCCUGCUGCAGACGGCGCGCGCCGAGGCCGCGCGCAGCGGCUUCCUGGUGCGGCCCGACGCCGUGGCCAUCAUGUCCGGUACCGACGAGGGGCUCUUCUCGUGGUUCACCGUCAACUUUCUGCUCGACCGGCUGGGUGGUGACCCGGGCCGGUCCGUGGCCGUGUUCGACCUGGGCGGCGGCUCGACCCAGGUGACGUUCGCGCCGGCCGAGGCGGGCACAGUGCAGCACGCGCCGGCCGGCUCCAUUGUCGACGUCUCGGCCAUGAAGGCUGACGUCGGCGUCUACACUCAGAGUCCGUCGUCGGGUCAGACGAUCCUCUACAGUCGCAGUUACCUGGGCGUGGGCCUGAUGGCGGCGCGGCACAGCCUGCUGACGGCCGGCCUGCCCAGGGAGCAGCGCUCCGUCGUCAGCGACUGCGUCAACCCCAUCGUCGCCACCACGUGGAGCUACGCCGGCAAGACGUACAACAUCAGCGGGGUGGAGACGAAGAAAAAUUACAAGUUUGUGAAGGGCAUCAGCGGCCUGCUCGACAAGACGGAGCCGAUCGUGGACUUUGUCCAGUGCUACCAGUCAGCUGUGCGCUUCCUGAGCGGCCAGGUGCACGCGCCCGAGGAGCUCCGCAACAGAGAGGUGUACGCCAUCAGCUACUACUUUGACCGGGCGACAGAGGCGGGCCUGAUCGACCCGUUCGACGGCGGCGUGGUCACUGUCGAACAGCUGAUGCGCGCGGCGCGUCACGUCUGCGAGACGGCCAACGUGGAGCAGCCGCUCGCCUGUCUGGACCUGGCCUACAUCGCCGCUCUGCUGCACGCCGGGCUCGGCCUACCCGGUGACCACCGGCUCCAAUUGCACAAGAAGAUCGACGACCACGAGACGAGCUGGGCGCUGGGCGCCGCCUUCCACACGCUCACCAACCGGUCGUGACGUGGCGCCCAUCUAGCCCAGCCGCCGCCCGGCGGCGGCCGCAAUACUCGCGCGCCAGCCGCCGCGUCUUGGCCCGUAUUCGGGUGGGCCGCGGUAAGGGUGGCGCCGCCCGCGCCGCAGUUGGCGCGGCGCGGCGACGUUUCAGACGUGUCGUCGGACCCCGGCGGAGAGCCCGUGCCUGAUCAGAUGUGUGGCGGAGGAUCGCUGCGAGGGGCGGCGGCGAAUCAAGUGCCUCGUAACCGACCCGCUUUAUGAUGCGGUCUCCUGUUAUCGCUAUGCAAUAUCGUUUUGAUUACCUGUUCACAAUCUUGUCAGAAAAUAUAUUGUUACCUUAUGCAUAAAA